CGGUUAUAUGAUAUGUAUAUGUUAAGUAAUGUUAGCAAGUUAAAUAUUUAUCAGUAGUAGUGGAGCAAAUCAUUUUCAAGAUAUUUUGAUUUCCUUUUGGAGAGGGUAACUGCAUAUAUGUAGGAGAAGCUUCCAUAGGAUUCAAUAAUCAAAUAAAGAUGAAGAGAAUGGAAAUUUUCUGUGCAUCUCAGGCUUCAACAGCCAUAUGCUCGAGCAUGGACCCAGCUUCCUCCUCCUCCUACUCAUCCACCAUUCAGCUUGGCGGCAGAGCCAUCGAUCGCCACAACCCCAUCAUCAGAGACUCAAGAAGAUUCACCAGAAAGGGCCUCCCGGUUAACCCCUGUGUUUCUCAUCCUCAACACAUUGACCCUAAACCUUAUCAGUAUCAUCAACUUCAAAAGACCAAGAAGAGCUCUUCCGGCAAACAAAAUGAUAAAAAGGCCAAGAAGAGUUCUUCUUCUUCGGCUAUCUCUGUUGAUGAGAAGAAGAAGAAGAAGUGCUCUUUGAAGAAAACAGAUGCAAUUACCAGGAAGAGCUUUUUGGACGCCGGAAAGCGAAAUGAGGCAAUUUACAGGAAGAGCACUUUUGAAGCUAGAGACAAGGUGGUAUCAGCCAGGAAGAAUUGGGCACUACCGGCAGAUUUAGUUACUCCGCCGGGCUCCACCAGGUAUCUUCUGAGCGAUACAGGGUUUUUUGAUGGAAUAACAGAUAAUGACUCGGUUAUGACAUUGGCUCCUUUUGAACCUAAGAAGAAUCAAUCUUUAAAUCAAGAUGAAUCCAUUGCACCAAAACACUCUUCAUCUUCUCGAGUAGAGAAGCCUUCCCAGGAUCAGGUUGUGAUUCUGAGGGUUUCGUUACACUGCAAAGCCUGUGAAGGAAAAGUAAGGAAGCAUCUAUCAAGAAUGGAGGGGGUGAGAUCCUUCAACAUAGAUUUUGCGGCGAAGAAGGUGACAAUUGUAGGAAAUGUGACACCAUUAUCAGUGCUAGCCAGUGUUUCAAAGGUGAAGAAUGCACAGUUCUGGUCAUCAGCCAUGGCUUCUUCAGCUGCUGCAACACCAGCUUCUGCAUCAAGCAAUCUGGCUGCUGCUGCAAUCAAGUAAUAAUGGUGGUAUUUCAACCUUGAAAAGAAAUCCAAGUAUGGUGUGUAUGAAUGAGAUAAUUUAGUGUAAAUUGGAGUUAGCGUUUGCAGGCCCAGUGAAAUAAAAAUCUUUGUUGCUUAGGAUAAUAAUAAGGAAAGCAGUAGGGUUUGGUUUUUCUUUUUAUCAAAACUCUGAUGUUUCAGGUAUGUAUUUUCUGAAACUCAUGGCCCAUUCUCACCAUUCUGCUCCCUUCCCCAUAGUUUUGCCACUAUAUGCACCCAUGCCUUUGUGCUUCCCUAUAACAUAUUCUCUUCUAGGAUUUUUAUAUUUAGCAUAAUUAAUCAAUUCUCCCAUUCUCCCUCUAAAUAAUGGGUUCAGCCUUGG